UGUGUCUUUCUCUCGCCUUUUCCCGGAUCACGUGGGCUGUGUUUGUUAUGGACACUAAGUAGGCAAAUAUCGGGGGCAGGGGGGCUAAUUAAUUUUGGAGGUUCCCAUCCACCUACCUAGCUCACAAUAUGACAGGCUGGUCGAGGUGGACUAGCUGCCCUACCCUGGGGAUGGUAAUACCGAGCGCAGCAUGGCGCUGCCACCUUUGGUACUGGGGAAUGGAGGGCACCCCACUGGCACUUCCUUAAAACUCGGCUCCUCUCACAGUUUGCCAGAUUCUGACACCGGGCUCGGUGUAUGGCUGGAGAUCCCCAGUGUCUCCCCUCUCCGGUUUGCCUCUGACACCAGCUGGGACAGCUCGCCCAUAAGCAGAGAUCCCCCAGGACCCACCAUGCCCGGAGCUGCUGAUGAGAAUUCCUCCAGAACCUCUUACCAUGGCAUGUUCCGGAUGUAUCUAGACUCACCCAACCACAGGGGACGUGAAAACCAGGGUUCGCCAAAGCAGGCAGCUAGCACCAGAAACUCUAAGGAGCAGGGGGCACGAAGGCUGGCAAGGGAUCUGAGAACCAGGUCCCAUCAUUGCAGCCCAGUAAGCGGAGCUCAGGCUGAGCCGCCCUUUGCCUCUCCCGUUCUAGAAGGGUAUCAGACGAUGAAACUGGCAAUCCACAGAGAGACCGCCGCUUUUCUCCCUUACCCUGGGCAGCCCAUUCCACAAGAACUGAUCUGCAAGUGGACUGGCAGCAAAGGACACCACUCCAGGCAGGCUUGCUCCAGAAUAUUCAGCACCAUGUAUGAGCUAGUCCACCAUGUCACCAUGGAGCACGUCGGAGGACCAGAGCAGCCCAACCAUGUUUGUGACUGGGAGGGCUGCGCCAGGGAGAAAAAACCCUUUAAAGCCAAAUACAAACUCGUAAACCACAUCAGAGUGCACACAGGCGAAAGGCCGUUUCUGUGCCCGUUUCCUGGGUGUGAGAAAGUGUUUGCAAGAGCUGAAAACCUGAAGAUACAUAAAAGAAUCCACACAGGGGAGAAGCCGUUCGUGUGUGAAUUCGCUGGGUGUGACAGGAGGUUUGCCAACAGCAGUGACAGGAAGAAGCACACCCACGUGCACUCGAGGGACAAGCCAUAUCGCUGCAAAGUCAAAGGGUGCGAGAAAUCCUACACCCACCCCAGCUCCCUGCGCAAACACCUGAAAACGCACGGCAGCCUGGAGCCUGCCACCGCCACCGCCACCGCCAAGCCCCGGGCGGCCGGAGAGCCCACGGGGGCGCAGGAGCCGGGAGCUGGCGCCUGCCAGUCAUUGGCCAGCCCUGCCGCUUGUCUAGCCAGAUCAGAACUAGCGGCCCUGAAAACUAGAACUCAGGCAACUAGUUUCAGGCAGGCCGGACCAGCUUUCUGCCUUCUUAACUUGGUCCCUGAGAUCUCCCUGACACAGCUCCAGUCCACAGACCCGUUAUUGAGAAACACUGGUCUAGAGGAUGCUGUCUGUGUGGAGAAGAAACAGGAAAUCCUGCUCAACUACCUCUUCCUGUCUAGUGAGGCCAAUAUCACAUGCAGUACUGGAACAUGCUCACAGAAUUUAGAAUCCACUUGGAGGGCAAUUGCCAUGCUAAUAUUGCUCUACAAAAUGAUCAAGGGCCUGGAAAAACUCUCAGAUGAAGGAGGGAUUGAAAAGACUGGGAUUGUUUACCUUGGACAGGAGAUGAAGAAAAAGGAACAUGAUGAAAGUAUAUAA